AUGUGCCAUCAGGUUGCCCUGGACAUCAAGACGAAAGGCGAGGGCAUCCUCAAGGCAAAGUCCACCGAGUUGGAGAACUUCAUGAAGAAGUCAGGGCAGAUGCUGUCGAAAGCGGCUGAGAGUGCCAUCGCCACGGGUCAACUUGAGACUGCGACCCAGGCUGUGUCUUGCAUCGGCUUUUCGCGCAUGGUGCCAGCAGAAGUCCCGGAUGGCCGAAACAUCACGAGUCCUCGAGCAGAGCAGUCAGCAGUCCUGGUAGCUGGUGAUGUCGCCUUCACACCGCAACAAGUCCCCCUUGGUCCGAAGUACGAGGCCCGCGUCCCUGGGAGCAACAAGCAGCAGGACUGCGUGCAGGCAGUCACGGCAUAA